AUGUCGCUCGACGCAACCCUCGCUGCCACCAUGCGGGUAGUAGCCUUGUUUGCCAUCUGCGGCUCCGACCUUCACUUCUAUCAUGGUUACACUAGCGCUGCCAAUGUUACAUGGAAUCUCGGACACGAAGCCGUUGGCUAUGUCCUAAGAUCCGAGUAUCCCGUGUUCCGUAUGCCGACUAUGUCUCUCAUUCCGAUUCCUUUCAACAACCAAACUGGUAACGCCACCUAG